GGGAUGGGGACGGGCCUGCAGACAUGUAGGGGUUGUUGGUUCUCGCAGCAGCCCCCAGCAGGCAGACCAAAGACCAGACCAGAGGAGAAGAGAGCUGCCGGUGUACAGGAGCCAGUCUGAAGCUGGGGAUCAGCAGGAACUUUUAAAGAUCCUUUCAGACUUUGUUCCUUUGGAUUCGAACCAGCAGCAGGAUGUCGGACCCUCCAGUGAACGACCAUCUCGCUGGGAUUUUAUCAGAUUUUGAAGCCCUGAAGAGAUCCUUUGACAAUGAAGAUAUAGAUGACAUGGCGUCCUUCACCUCAGCUUCCCCUGUUUCUGACCCCAUUUCCCCCUCUUCCUGUCAUUUUAUCCUUGGCCACAGUAAAGAGUGUGAGGCUCAGGGUGGAGUCAUUCAGACUCCUUCUUUUGCCUUUAACAACAACAGUAUAAGGUCUGAAGCUCACCCCCACAUCGGUGUGACUUCCAAUCCUAUCCCUGCAUUUAAGUCUCGUGCUGUUGGCAGCAGCUUAUCCUUCAAUCGAGGAACAAUGAAUAGGCCAGUCAUCCACAACAAUGGCUCCUCUGUAACAAGAGCUGCUUCUUUCCAGUGCAAGUUGAACCCCAAAAUUUGCUCCCAGUUGUCCGGACCAGGCAGUGACAAUGACAGCCUACACAGCUCUACAUCCAGCCUGGAGUACUCUGGCGGGGGUGGGUAUCUCUUUCCCACUAACAAGUUGGUCUCAUAUCACAGCCCUCUACAUCAGAGGGAGUACCAGGGAUCCCACUUUCAGCACCCACAAGUUGUAUCAAACAUUAAGACGUUGUUCUCCCGUGAAAGUGGUUUUAAGUCUGAGAUGAACCCAGAGCAAGGGAUGGUAUUGAAUAUUAAAGAACCUCAAGAGGUGAACCAGGGCUCCUUGUCAAAUCUAGACUACCAGAUUCCAAUUGAAGGAGAGGGAUUGCAAAGAGGUGGAAACAAGUUUUCUCCUGGAAUAAAAUUCAUUGAUGCUAACAUCAACUGGAAAAGUCUUCAAAAUGUCAGUUCCUUUGGGGAAGGCGGCAUAAAGAAAGUUCACCAACAAGGAUCCCAAGAUGUAAAGACUCUCAAGCCUAGAGCUAAAGAAAUACAACGCCUCAACAAGUUUCCUUUGGAUCUUGACAGUUUGGUAAUCUCAACAUCUCCCAAAAAGGUUGAGGCAGCAUCCACAAGUCCAGACACCACAAAGGUUUCUUCACACAUCUUAGGUGGCCUGCAGCACAUCCACAGCGCUCCAUCCACAGCCAGCACUUCAGCCUCACUCAGCAGCCUAGACAGCUCCUCUGACACACCAUGCCACUCUUUUAACACCACUUUUUUACCUUUGUCGCCAUGUUCUCCAGUUCCUCCACACAGCUCCAUCCCUGUUCCAGAAAUAAGUUCCUCUGUACCACUUUCCCCAUCUGACAACUUCCAGCUGAAUAUUUUGUCAGAAUCUGAAAUUGUCUAUGUGGUCCCUAAUCUGCACAGCCCUUCCAGCUCAUCCAACAACUACAGCUCCAGACCUAUUGAGUCUGUGGAAGAUGGCAGACAUGAUGCAAGCGAUACUGUGGACUUAAUCUUACAGAGGAUUGCCUCUUUCUCUUGGCCUGCCACAACUGACACCCAGACAUCUGUAGCCCAGUCACCAACUGUCAUCCAAAGCAAUGGUGGGUCGUCAUCUAAGUUUGGGUGUCCCAUUGAAACAACUUCCACGACUGCUUGGAAACAGGGGAAAAAGAAGUAUGGAGAAACCACUGGAGAGCUGGAGGCAGACUCAUUCACCCCAAUGGAGGAGGAGAAGGUGGAAGGUAUCAUGAGAGAAGAAAAUGAGGAUGGAGUCAAAAACCACAAACAAGCAAACAUUCAGACUUUUGAGGCACAAAAUGAAAAUUGCGGGAAAGAUGAUACACAGCUUGUGGAGAAUGGGAAGGAGACGGGAAUGGAGACUGGAGAUAUGAAGGAGGAGGCAAGUGUGAACAUGGUGUCCAGCCCAUCUGAUCCAGGCUUUCAGACCAGUUUCAAACGAGGCUCUGACCUGUUUGGUUACGUGGGCAUCGACGCGGUACUGGACCAGAUACGAGACAAGACCAUAAAGGCUGGCUUUGAGUUUAACAUCAUGGUGGUUGUAUAUCUCUGUCCUUGCCUCCUAACCUUUAUCUUUUUAUCUUUAUUUUCAGUGAUUGAGGAAAAAGGGGUGAAGAUGAAGCUGACAGUGAUUGACACUCCAGGGUUUGGAGAUCAGAUCAACAAUGAGAACUGCUGGGAGCCCAUAGUGAAGUAUGUCAAUGAGCAGUAUGAGAAAUACCUGAGAGAGGAGCUGAAGAUCAACCGUAAGAGGAGAAUACCUGACAGCAGAGUGCACUGCUGCAUCUACUUCCUCCCAGCCACUGGACACAGGUUACGCCCUAUUGACAUUGAGUUCAUGAAGAGGUUGGGGAACAUAGUGAGCAUCUUACCUGUUAUUGCCAAAGCUGACACACUCACUGUUGAAGAAAGACAGGAGUUCAAAGACAGGAUAAAGCAAGACUUGCUAGCCAACGGAAUUUGUGUUUAUCCCCAGAGAGAGCACGAUGAGGACCCAGAAGAGCGCACCCUCAAUGACAGGAUUAGGGAAAACAUUCCCUAUGCUGUGGUGGGAACUGACAAGGAGCACCAGGUGAAUGGAAACAAGGUUCUGGGCCGUAAAACGAAGUGGGGAAUCAUUGAAGUUGAAAAUGUGGCGCACUGUGAGUUUGCCAACCUGAGAGAUUUACUCAUUAGGUCCCACCUGCAGGACCUGAAGGAUGUGACACACAACAUCCACUAUGAGACUUACCGUGUACAACGACUCAACGAGAGCAACAUGAACUUCAAUGAGCUGGUUCUGUCCACUUGGCCGCUGGAGAACGGAACUGACAAAUGUGAAACAGAGAGCCAGCUCUGAUCCUGCCUGCUGCACCACCAGAGCAGUGCUGCUGUUCGACCAGUAACACAGCGAGAUGGGAGAAGUGCCAUGUUAUCCUUAAUGACAGAGUCGAGAUGGAGAAAUUAUUAUUUUUUUAUUUUUCAUUUUUUUCAUUUUUUAUUAGGACCAAGUAGAUGGUUGUUUUGUCAAAGUACAUUUUUCUGUACCUCCCCUCCCCCCUCCUUUUUUAAAAUACAAAAUAUGUAUUGUAAUUUGAUGUAUUAACUGUGGGGUCACACAAAUGUCCUGGAAGGAUGGUGAAAAAAUAGAAAUCAAAGGAUCAGAUGAGACAGCAUGAGAAAAAUGGAAGCCAGAAUAUCUUCAUCGUCCUCAUUCAGGUGGAAUGGACAGUUUGUUGCAUUGUUACAAUGUCCAAAAAUAAGUCAGAUUCUGCUUAGGUCUAACGUUGUAACAUGUAAAAGCAGGUGAAUUACUCUUUAGCUGAUACCUGCUGCUGUGCCAAGAGCUCUCUUCCCUUUUUCUUCACUUUGUUUCUGUAAUCGUUUGUUUUUAAACUGAUUUACUUAGACCUUUUACCUUGUGACCUUUUUGUUAACUGAGCAAAUGGGAUUUGGAUUUUAUUUUUAAAAAGAGGGCUACCAUUAUUUUCAGAAAUUAAUAUUAGUAAAAAAUGACAAAAGUGAUUUUAAAAAGUCGAUGUUUUAACUGUAAAAAUUUGAAACAUGUUCUUUCAUUAUUGUUUGUUACAUUUCAGCAUGUAUUAUUACUGUGUUAGUGAUCCAGGACUUCAGGGUCCACACUGGAUGAAACUGAAAAUAGACAAUGACGAUGUAUUGAACGUAUUUAGCUCACAGGAAAAAAAAAUUUAAAUAAAAUUUACUUUUCACAUUUUCAUUCCACAUUAAAGUGCCAAAACAA